CAUUCUGAAACGAAUGACUAGCCAGCUAUAGCUUAUCAACAUUAGAAUAAUGAUACUUGCUUUGACUCAUGUAUCGUAAAAUCAAUAUAUAGGAUUAAAACAUAUCUGAAGAUCUACUGGACUGUCAUAACGGCCAGCGUAAAAUUAUAGGCGGCUCGAUGCUGCCAAGUCAUGCCGCAUGUUUAGCAACCUUUUUUUUUCCACUUUCCCUAUUGAUGCUUUAUUGGUAUCGCGCGGUCAAUGUUGGUCCCAGAGUAGUGGGUGCUCAUCCAAAAUUUACUAUGACCUACGUUAGCCCAUACCUUCCAAGAACCAGUAAGAAGUCGAUAACAAGUUCAAUCAGUGCAUGCGUAGUUUGUACAACAGGCGAAGUGAGGGUGGAUGGGCUAAGAACGACAUCCAAGUGGGACAAAAGAGAAAAAAGUUGUGGCUGUUAUGGUGGUUGUUCUUCGGGGGAAGUGUAGAAAAAUUUCAGACACUGAGCUUGUAUUCCUGGGGGUCCACGCACGCAACUCUAACAAAACCCCAACCCAACUAACUCAACCCAUACCUUUCGUCUUUCCUUUUGCUUGAAAUUGUCUUG